AUGCGUUCGAUCGCGCCCGUCUUGUUACUGGUGGUCGCUUCGCUCGGCGCUUCCCAGCUGGAUCGGCAGCCGGUCUAUCGAAAGUAUCUGCGCACCCAGAAACCGGCCCGCCCCGGUGAGCUACACGUCGAGGAAGUACUGGAGGUGUUCCGUACGGGUUCGCGACCCUCCCGUUACGGCGUUUCGAGCCCGCUGGUCAAUCGCUUCCUGGCGACGGACCGACUCCGAAGCCUGGAUCGCUCGAGCAGCACGUCCGCUGCGCCGGCCGAGACCGAGAGGCCGACCUACCGGACGCCGGUGUACGAGAACCGUAAUCCCAACUACACGUACCUGUUCCAGCCGUCGAUCACGGUGACCAAGUACCGGCCGGUCGGUGAUCGGCCGUCGCUGACCGGGAGUGUCAUCGUCAUCCAGGAGGCCGAUCCGUUGGUGUCGCCGGUGACCGUUAAGCCACCGGACGAUGGCGUCUAUCUGGAUUACGACGACGACGACCAAAGCGAACGGGACCAGCCUGAGGACAGGCGGACGAGCCCUCCUAUGACGUAGAUCUUUCGACCUGGGAGCGAACAGAGUGGACACGCUGGAUGUAACCGGGGAGCAGCAUGGGUACGGCACAUCGUCCUGGCGGGAUCUGGUGGACCUCGAGGACCAUGGAGCGACGACGACGAGCGGGUUCCCAUUAUAUAGUACACCAAUAAAUUAGAACAACCUCUAGAAA